GUUGAAUAGUUAAUACCUACGCACCACAGUUCCCCUCAGCAAUCAGUAAUCAUACAUUGAAAGAGAAAGGAAACUGAAAAUAGAACAGCUAAAAAUUAUUUUUUGCCGAUCUUCUUCGUCUUCGGAGUGGAAUUCUACGUUUAAUGCGUCAUGGAUAACCCCCCUGCCGUCAACAAUAACCUCGCAACUCAGCUGCCCGUGGGGACAACACACAGUGCAGCUGACCAAGGGAACUCUAUUUCAGCUACUCAGGUCGAAAAUGAAGUAUAUGAGAAACUCAGAUACUAUCCGUUCCGCACGGAUCGCGAGUUUGCAAAAGGUCUUGCGAUUAUCCUCGGUCACCCGGAUACCCCUGCAACUGAAACAGAGAUCGACCGCAUCGACGACCUUGUCUUACAAGCCAAAUGCUUCUAUUUCUCAAGAAAAGAGAAGCUCGCACACCCUGUGAACUUUGCAACCUAUAAGGCGUGGUUGCAUUCAGACAUUUUGUCUGAAAAUGUGAACACUGGCAACACUCGGCAGCAGGUUAAUACACCAGUGGCUGGCACAUAUAUAUCAACGGAUCAUACCAAUCAGACAUCCACACCUGUUCAGGAACCUACAUACCCUUCCUCCUUCGCCCAUAUCGUGGAGCUCAUCACAACUGGCCAGCCAGUCCCUGGUAUUCAGCAGAUACCAGACACCAUAUUAACGGGCCAUGACACACCAAGCACCAAGCCGAGGAGGCGGAAGCCUUGGGAAAAGGACGAAGUUAGCGAAACCUCUCAUACCUAGACUCGACGGGAACAGCAUGGAAGUCUGGGCAUAAGAACCACUACCAUUCAUGCUAGGGCCCUUAGUAUUCUAGCGAGAAGCAGGCGACUUCAGCGAUCAUUAGCCCCCACCACAGAAGUAGAUAACUUUUAUUGAAGUCAUGUCACGAGGUCUUGGACAGUGAUUGUAGACUAUUCUGGGUUCAAAAGAAUAACAUAACACCUAAGAUUAAUGAGUGACGGGACAUGGCACACAAAAGGUGAGUCUCCAUAUGCAAUGUUGCUUCCUUUUGUA